AUGGAGCUCCAUCAUAGCUCCUGUAUCGUACCCUCAAAUGCGCCAGCGCUGCCAGAGGAGCUCAUUGAGGACGUAAAGGCCACUAGUCGUGUCCUACAGGAGCGCUGCGGCAAUCGGCAGCACGAUAUUCUGGAUCCCGAACAGUUCGGCUUCAGGAAGCGUGAAGCAUCCUCCCCAGUGGAAAUCUUUUACCCGGAGAGUCUGCCCUGCUACGAUAUCCCUGAACCCAACUUAGCGCAGCAGCUUGACAGAAGACCAGAUGAGGUUAUCGAGAAGAACUCGGCCGUUUUGUGGCAAAACGUGCACAAAUGCGACGCGUAUCAAAAAUACAGGUCGCGGCAGCCCAAGAAUUCAGCCGAGCGGGAACAGAAAUGGCCAGAACAUAUGGAAGCUGCUUUCUUUACUGCUUUGGUGAGAUGGCCACCCAUCGGGCGCCGCAAGAUCAUGCACGAGGGUAAGCUUCGUGGAAGGAAUGAGCUUAUAGCGGACUCGAUCGAGAAGUGGACCGGCGAGGCACGUACACGAAAGCAGGUUUCAAGCCACAUCCAAGUCCUGAAGCCGUUGUUCAAGGAGCACCCCAAGGGCACGUACUCUUUCUUCAGUCACUGUGCGAGGAUACUGACGGCAGCGCAGUCAUGA